AUGAGCUGGACUCCCCUCCUCCCCCUCCUCCUCGCUCUCUGCCCAGGGUCCAGGUCUCAGGCUGUGGUCACUCAGGAGCCCUCAGCGACCGUGUCCCCAGGUGUGACCGUCACUCUCACCUGUGGCUCCAGCACAGGGGCUGUCACCAAUGGUCACUAUCCACACUGGAUCCAGCAGAAGUCUGGCCAGGCCCCCACGGCUCUGAUUUAUGACACAAACAAGAAAUUCUCCUGGACCCCAGCCCGUUUCUCAGGCUCCAUCCAAGGGGGCAAAGCUGCCCUGACCCUGGCAGGGGCGCAGCCUGAGGACGAGGCCGAGUACUACUGCGCUCUGUGGUUCAGGUCCAGGUCUCAGGCUGUGGUCACUCAGGAGCCCUCAGUGAGCGUGUCCCCAGGUGUGACCGUCACUCUCACCUGUGGCUCCAGCACAGGGGCUGUCACCAAUGGUCACUAUCCACACUGGAUCCAGCAGAAGUCUGGCCAGGCCCCCACGGCUCUGAUUUAUGACACAAACAAGAAAUUCUCCUGGACCCCAGCCCGGUUCUCAGGCUCCAUCCAAGGGGGCAAAGCUGCCCUGACCCUGGCAGGGGCGCAGCCUGAGGACGAGGCCGAGUACUACUGCGCUCUGUGGUUCAGCAGCCAUCCCCACAGUGACAGGUGCCGGUGGGGACGUGAGGCACAAACACAAGCUCAGUGCACCCUCUGCUUCUGGGGCCCCGUCUGCUGUGCACAGGGCUGCGUCCAGCUGGUGUCCAACAAAAGCCACAGCCACUCCCAUCAGGGGGCCAUGAUCUGA